AUGCCGGAAUGCAAACCCACCCCUCGCUCAAAGCCCAUCCGGAUGAUGCGAUGUCGACUGUGCGGAUGCGUGAGAGAUGAACUCGAUGUUACAUGUCGGGGAGUGAGGGCCCAGAAGCUGGCCCAAGAUGAAAGACUACCGUGCCACGAGCUCGACCGUCAGGUGAAAGAGGCUCAAUCCUCUUUCAUGCACAAAGCCACUACUCUUUCACGAACCCCUUUACGAGUCCACCAAGCACUUUACAUCGACCGCGCGGCGUGUCCGAGAGAAGAAUUUUCUCGGACUGUUGCUACAGUGCUGUGCACAAUCGGCUUCCGGUUUUUGCACGCUGCGGAAUUUUAUCCCCGCGGCGGCCCCUUCUCAAACAUUGCCAUCUUGCAGGAGCGGAUUAUCCUUCCGGCGGCAUUAGAUAGCUCAGCCACUUUGCACUGCUUAACACAGUCGCAGUCUGUUGAUUUCUCGGACUGUACAGACAGCAACUUCAGCCUAGUCGAACGUGGGGCAGAUGAAGAGGAGGUUACUUUUAGGGAUCUGGCAGACGGUACAGGCAAAACCAAAGCUGGCUAUCGUAAGAUCCACUUCUGCAGAAGGCAAGCUGCAAAAGACGAACUCCAGUAUUUCUGGGGAAAACUCUCGUGA